GAGUGUGUGCCUAGAAAUUGGAUUUAAAUCGAAAAAUUAGGUAGAUUUUGAUCAUGGGUUUAAACAACAAUCUCAAGUUGUGCUAUAUUGGAUGAAAACUUUGGUCUUGUAUACAUUUUACCACCUACAUGGGCUCUAAUGAACAGAUCCUGGAAGAACCAAAGCUCAUCCCGUGCAGCACCUGCGGACGCACGUUUCUCUCCCAACCCCUCAAAAAACAUGCCCCCGUCUGCGAAAAGAACGCCUCGAAAAAACGCAAAGUAUUCGAUUCGCUGAAACAGCGAGUCGAAGGAACGGAUCUCGCGCAAUUCCACCAAAAGUCGUACCUCAAAAGACAGGACUCGACGCCCAAAACAGCAGAAAAGCCGAAAAGAGCCAGCCACUGGGAGGAGAACCACCGGAAACUCGUCGAUGCCAUCAGAUGCGCCAAAGGUGUACCUAGAGACAUGUCCCCCGCCAAACCCAAAGUUCAAGCGGCCUCUUCCACUCAACUGAACGAACGUUGCCCCCAUUGCGACAGACAAUUCGGCCCCAAAGCCUUCGACAGACACGUGGAGUGGUGCAAAGAGCACCAAACGCGCAUCCAGAAGUCUCCAGCGAACAUUCUUCUAGCUAAAGAACGUUUAGAAGCUAGGACGAAGUACAAAGUGCCGCCGCUAACCAAACCGAAAAGGACCACAAUCAAAGAAAAGUACUCCAACCCUACUGUUAGUAGGACCGAAUCGGUAUGCAGUGUCAAAAGUACCCCCACCAACGCCUUUCGUCGAAACGCCAGCGUUCGAAAACCGAAAUCUGUUCUGGAUCUGGGGAAAAAGAACAACGCUCUGAACAAAGCGGACGAGAAGGCCAACUCCGUGGUGACGCUGAACGAGAUGAAGAAGAACACAGAGCAGAGUAAGAGUUUGCGCACAAAGCGAUUUUGUCCCCCUCGUGAGAAAGUAAAUUUGAUUCACAACGAAAAUCUCGAAAGCAUAACGGUUUCCCCGGUGAAGUUUCUCGAACCUCCCGCCAAAAAACUGGUCACGUGGAAGGAGGUGAGUCAGAGGAGUCCGGAAAAGGCCGACGACGAUUCGGUGAUCGUCGUCUACGAGAACUCGAGCGUUUUCGGGAAGAAGGGUGCCGCCAAAAAGCAGAGUUUUAUCGAAGAGAUCAAAGACCUCCUCUCGAAUUCCGACGACGAGGCGACGAAGACCCAGUGCUCCUCGCGCGACUCCCUCCUUUCGGAGGAGUCAAAGCUCCGGAUUUCGCCGAAGUCGAAGAGCUCGCCCGAGUUCGAGAGGGAAAAGUCGCCUCUGGAGUUGCUCCCGGUGGCUAAAAGUCAGCCGAUUGGGGCGGAUGACGUGAAGGAGUCGGAGAGCGAAGUUUCGUUUGAAUGGGGGUCGAGCGAGGUUUCGGCGAGUGGGAGUGGGGGGGAACUGAAACACAGGCCACAUGGGGGUGGAAAGGCGCCUUUGCCGUCGCUGGAAUCGUGUCACGUUUUGAAGUUUCCCAAAAAAAGCGACAUUGAUACGUUGUCCUCCAGUGACAGUGACUUUGAUGGAAAUGACGAGGUGGAGGAGUCGUAUGCUAAAGAUUUUGUCAAACGUGCCCCAAACCAUGUCUCUUCUGUUGAUGAAAUUCUCUCAAAUUUUUCAAGUAGUUUAAACAAAUUAAAACAAUCAGACGAUUUAAUAGAGACAGAACUCGCCGCUAUGGAAGCAGGCAACAGCAGCCUUGACGAAGACAAUUUAAAUGACAAAACGUCUGUUGAUAGCGUUGUCAAAGAAGCCGAUGACAGUUCUAAUCACACAGUUGAAAAAUACGUCGAAAGCAGUGGAGCACCAUCUUUAAAAUCCACGAGUGAUCAAUCCUUUUCGUCUUCUAAGUCUUUAGUUAACGCCGACGAUACACAAUACCCGCAGUCCCCAAAAGAAUCCGCCAGAAUACCCCCACAAAGUCUGAGCGACUUUGGCGGAGAAUUUACCUUCCGAAAGAAAAUUUUUGGUAACCCUUUUUCUGCGAAUCGCUCGGUUGAAAACGGCAAAUAUUUUCCAACCAUCGAAGAGUACGAAGUGCCCAAGAAACGAAGGAAACUAAACUCGACUUUUAUAAUAGAUAGACCAAGUUUGGCUUUACGUAAAAGUAUAGGUAGAAGUAAGAACGAAAAAGCUGCGAUGGAGUGUGGUGACGUAGGUAAACGUGAUGACGUAGAUAAGUCAAGGACGAAUUUUUUACCCCGGAUUUUGCAAGAAAGCAAUAAGAAUGUUAAAGUAAGAGAAAACAAAAAACCAUCCACGUGUAAACUACCUGCAUUGGAAAUAAAACAAAAUAAGAAGAUUAACAGUGGUGUUUUCCAAUCCAAGUGGAGAGGAAAGGAGGACAGAUUUAUACCUGUGAAGAAAGAUUUAAGUGAUGUUUUCCUGACCUACCAAAGUUUUGGUAGUGGGGAUGCGGCGCAGAAGAAGGUGGUGAAAACAACAGUCGGGUACGACAAGAGAGGAAAAGAGUUGAAGAGUAAAGUGAACAAGCCCCAGUUAAAACCCAAAACCCAAGUUAUAGAGCCUCACGAGCCAGAUCAGACCAUCAAACCCGAAGACCUCUUCGCCGUCGACGACAAAAUGUACGCCGAAUAUAAAAUCUUCGAAGAAAUGUACUUAAAAGAAAAGGAACAAAUGUCUAACACCAGAAAACAAAGAAGCAAAAACUCAAUCAAGUCGUACGGUAUCGAAAUAGUAAACGAAGAUUACACUAACCAAAACAGUAACAAAGUCUCGGGUGAUUCUGCGUAUGGAAGUCUUAAUAGGAGCAGUCCUAAGGCAAAAACGACGAAAUUGUCGCCCCUGCAGCGACAACGCAUCGACAGUGCCAGUUCCAGCGGUUCCGAAAAUUUCGUCCCCCCGGUUCAGAAUAACCACAGAAUGUCGAAAUUUUGUCACGAGUGUGGGAACAAGUAUCCUGUGACGACAGCGAAGUUUUGCCCAGAAUGUGGAGUGAAAAGGCUGUUAUUGUGAUAUAUUGUAUAGAUUGGAAGUCUUAAUUAAAUUUUUGCUAAAUGGAUUGACCGAAUGCCAAUUGUACUUAUUGUUUUAAGCUAACUGCAAUAUUUUUAAUAAUACCAAAGUAAGAUUUUUAAACACGCGUGCAAUUUAACUGUAGUUGUGUAGGAUUUUUUUGUAAUUGUAAUUAGUAAUUUGUGGUUAUGUGGUCUGUUAAGUUUGGUUAACGUGCUUUAUUACCAUUCCAGUUGUUUCAAGGUUAUUAACAAGACUGAGUAAUAUAUAUAUUGGUUUUUAAGCGCUAAUGUAAUUUUUUAUUUCAGUGAUUGGUUCCUUUUAAGUAUUAUUGUAAGUCAACGAAAAUUUUUAAAAGCAUGAACUAUGUAACAUCUUAAUACAUAAUAAAGGAAACGAGUUGUUGAUUGCCCCCACUCCAGGUACGCCACUGUCGUAAGGGCAACCAAACCAGCGUCCUGUAAAACAAAAAAUCCUGGCUCUUAUUUGAUUUGAGUUAAUCAACAUGUAGCAACACAAUUUGUAUAAGACGAACGAUAACCUCCGACCAGUUAUCGCGUCUUCAAUUAUUUUAAUAAUACGAUAAACACUCGAUGUUGAUACGCGGUAUCCUUGCUCCCAAUAUUUAAAACAGUUCGUUUCGAACACUGCCCGAUCCUGUACUCUUGCGCCUCAAGUAUUCCGAUUUGAUUCAAAUUUUGCAAAUUCGGAGCCAAAUCUGCAUGACGUUUACCGAAAGAACCUCGAGAAGUCUAAUCUUUGACAAAAUAAA